AUGUUGACUGAAAGCCAAGUUCAACAAUUUCACGAUCGAGGCUACCUUCUUAUUCCAGGGUUUUUGAGUUCUGGGAAGGCCACUGAGCUAUUGGAACGGUCUAAGAAGCUAAUUUCACAAUUUGAUCCUGAAGCGCAUCCUCUUACCCAGUUCACUACAAGUGAUCAAGACCAUGUCGGUGGAAACUAUUUCUUGGACUCCGCGGAUAAGAUUUCGUUUUUCUUCGAGCCAGAAGCGGUGCAAAACGUAGAUGGGAAGAUGGAAGUGGUUGUACCUAAAGAAGAAGCGAUAAACAAAUUUGGUCAUGGAUUGCAUCUGCAGGAUCCGCUUUUCGAAGAGGUUACCGUCAAGAAUAGAAACGUGAAAACGAUCGCUUCGGAUUUGGGCUUUAAAAGACCGCGCGCCCUUCAAUCUAUGGUCAUUUGCAAACAGCCUCGUAUUGGCGGAGCUGUUCCGUCACAUCAAGACAGCGUUUUCUUGUACACCGACCCUUUGAGUGCUGUUGGAUUUUGGAUUGCAUUAGGUGAUGCAACGCUCGACAAUGGGUGUCUAAGCUUUUCUCCGGGAUCGCAUCUGACGCACUCUGUCCCCAAGCGGUUUAUUCGCUUGAAAGAUCAACAAGGAAGGGAUACGGGAGAGACUGGAUUUGAGUAUUUUGAAGGCGGUAAAGAAAUGGAAGAAAAAUGGCCCAAAGAUGAGACCUUGCCCUGGGACGUGGUUGAAUGUAAAGCGGGUGACUUGGUUCUAAUUCAUGGCUCGGUUUUACAUAAAAGUGAAGCCAACAAAUCCGGUAAAUCGCGCUUUGCGUACGCUUUCCACUUGAUAGAAGGUAAGGCCAAUUACGAUAAACGGAAUUGGCUACAAACCGAAGUAUUUUCUGAAGUUUAA